AAAAAAAAAAAAAAAAAAUUGUAUUGACACGUAACUCAAUUGGGCAAAAAAUCCCACGAAUCCCAUAACUAAACACCCUUUCUAAAAAUGCUGCAAAUUUAACAGAAAAGCACCAAACACCAAUGAAUAUGAUCCCUUCACUCACCUUCUUCUUUCUCCUCUUCAACUUCUUUUCAUUAUCAUUUUCUUCUUCACAAAUCUCCAUUUCUGUAACCCCAAAAACCUUAUCAAAAUCCGGCGAUUUUAUCACAAUCCAAUGGGCCGGUAUUCAGUCACCUUCUAAGCUUGAUUGGUUAGGAAUUUACUCACCAGCCAACUCACCCCACGACGAAUUUAUUGGCUACCUUUUCCUUUCUUCCUCACCCGAAUGGGAAUCCGGGUCGGGAUCCAUUUCCAUCCCUUUAGUCAACCUUCGAUCCGGGUAUCAGUUCCGGAUCUUCAGAUGGACCGAAUCCGAGGUUGUCCCCGAGCUAGUGGAUCAUGACCACAACCCAUUGCCUCAGACCAAGCAUCUUCUUGCGGAGUCUGAGGAGAUUGGGUUUGAGUCGGGUCGGGGCCCUGAGCAGGUGCAUUUGGCUCUCACGGGUCGUGAGGAUGAGAUGCGGGUCAUGUUUGUGACACCUGAUGGGAAAGAGAGUUACGUGAGAUAUGGGCUGACCCGGAAUGGGUUGGAUCGGGUUGUGGGAACCCGGGUCGUGAGGUAUGAGAGGGAAGAUAUGUGUGAUGCUCCAGCUAAUAGUAGCAUUGGUUGGAGGGAUCCUGGGUAUAUACAUGGCGGAGUUAUGGUUAAUUUGGGAAAGGGAAAGAAGUAUUAUUAUCAGGUCGGCAGUGAUUCGGGGGGUUGGAGCACCAUUUACAGUUUUGUGUCACAAAAUGGAGACUCUGGUGAAACAUUUGCUUUCUUGUUUGGAGACAUGGGGACUGCUACACCAUACUUGACAUUUCUUCGUACACAGGAUGAAAGUUCAUCAACCAUUAAGUGGAUUAGCCGUGAUAUUGAAGCUCUUGGUGAUAAGCCUGCUCUUAUCUCACAUAUUGGAGAUAUCAGCUAUGCAAGAGGAUACUCUUGGUUGUGGGAUAACUUUUUUUCUCAGGUAGAACCUCUUGCAUCCAGAGUUCCGUACCAUGUAUGCAUCGGCAACCAUGAAUAUGACUGGCCACUUCAACCUUGGAAGCCCGACUGGUCAAGCCGUCUAUAUGGGACAGAUGGGGGAGGUGAAUGUGGUGUACCAUACAGUCUUAAGUUCCAUAUGCCUGGAAACUCUUCAGAGCCGACUGGAAUGCGUGCUCCCGCAACUCGGAAUCUUUAUUUUUCCUUUGAUUCUGGGCCAGUUCACUUUGUCUAUAUGUCAACUGAAACCAAUUUCCUUCCAGGUAGUAAGCAAUAUGAUUUUUUAAAGCAUGACUUGGAAUCAGUUGAUCGAGUAAAGACUCCUUUUGUCAUCUUUCAAGGGCACCGACCAAUGUACACUACAAGCAAUGAAAAAAAAGAUGCCCCUAUAAGGGAGAGAAUGCUCGUGCAUUUGGAACCUCUUCUUGUGAAGAACCAUGUGAAUGUUGUAUUGUGGGGGCAUGUACAUAGGUACGAGAGGUUUUGCCCUUUGAAUAACUUCACCUGUGGAAGCUUGGGCUUGGAUGGGGAGGAACGGAAGGCUUUUCCGAUGCACGUCGUGAUUGGGAUGGCUGGACAGGACUGGCAGCCUAUCUGGGAGCCAAGAGUGGACCACCCUACUGAUCCUAUUUACCCACAGCCCGUGCAAUCUCUGUACCGUGGGGGUGAAUUUGGAUACAUGAGGCUACAUGCCACAAAGGAAACACUUACACUUUCUUAUGUAGGAAACCAUGACGGGGAGGUGCAUGAUACGGUGGAGAUCCUAGCUUCAGGUCACGUUCUGAAUGGUGGUAGCCAUGAUGGUCAUGCGACAAUGAAAGAGAUGGAGUCUAACUUUUCAUGGUUUGUAAAGGUUGGAAGUGUACUGGUGCUUGGAGCUUUUAUGGGUUACAUAGUUGGGUUCAUAUCUCAUGCUCGGAAAAAUGCUGCUGGUGAAGGCUGGAGACCAGUAAAAACUGAGGAAAUAUGAUUACAUUGUGAAAUUUGGCAAUACUCAAGUCUUUACAGCCAUCUGCAUUGUGAUAAGACGUCUGCCUAUUGCCACAUUAAUGAACUAUAGUCAAGAUGAUGCUUCAGCUGGUCACUGUUAGUUAGAGAGAGAGAGAAUGCAUGGUCUAAUAAAUUCUGCAUUCUGCACACCUACUGUAAAUAGAUAUGAAAAAUAUUCUUCUUCUUAGUCUGAUGGCUACUGUAUGUGUUAGUAACUUGUUGCAACUUGUCUACCAUCCUCACCUUUAUGAUGAGGAUUAAUUAGAAAUUUAAAGCCUUGUGUUUCACGAUUUUAGAUGUAAUUAAAGGAUCUUGUAGAUGA